AUGGACUACACCUCACCAUUCACUGACUUUUCUUCUUCUUUUGACGCUGGUGGUGACUAUGUAUUAUCCUCCCGAUCUAUGCGGGAGGCUAAAACUACACUGUUCGAGUCAUGCAAAAGUUGUGUGGCGACUAUCGCUGUUGGUUCAAGGUCGUCCAAGCAGAAGGCGCCAGACUUCCUGCUCACACAGGCUUUACUCAUGAAUCUUAAUAACAGUUACAAGGAUGUAAAUCCAGAAACUGGUGAAGAGAUAAAACGCAAUGAGUAUCGUAAAAUGGGAAUUUAUGACUUCGUGCGGCGAGAUAUUGAGCGGUUUUUUGCACAUCCAGAAGAAGCUAUUGUUUCUCCUCAGUUAGUACAACCUCAGUUACCAAAAGCACCGCCUGAAUUCGUUCGCAAUGUAUGGGGAUCUGCUGCUGGUGUCGGCAGUGGAGAUUUUCAUAUAUACAGAGGGAUUAGACGAAGAGAAUAUGCUCGUUUAGAAUUGAUUGAAAAGACUGCAGAAGAGGAACGUUUAGAUAAAGAGUUUCAAAUGAAACAAAAAGAACUAGCGGAUUUAGCUGCUGAAAAAACAGCUAAAAAGCGAGCUAAACGUCAGAUGAAAAAGGCGAAAAGAAUAGCCAAAAGAAAGUUGAAAUCACAAUCGAAAUCUGGUGAAGAUAGUGAUUGUUCAGGCGAUGAACAACUGGAAGAAGUAAUGGAAACAGGAAAUAGUCAACUUGAUGCAGUUGAAGAGGAAUCUAAAGAACAGUGACACAUCUAACUUGAUCUAUAUAAGCUUGUAAAUAUUUGUUUUAUAUGAUACAUUCUUAUUAUUUAUGAUUUAAUUCUUUUUUUGUUUUUGGAUGGAAAAUUAGCUACACCUUCUGGAAGGUUUUUAAAACGUUUAUCUAAAUAAUGCGACUCAGUGUGUCAGUUCAUUAGUAUUUUUGGCAGAGAA